CACCACUCGCUCCCCACCACUCGUCUCUCUCUAUCUCUCGCGCGUGACGCCGCCCUCUCUCUGUCGACGCGCCCUCUCUCCCCCUCUCGCCAGCAUCUUGCUCCGCACCGCCGCCUGGCUCACCGCUCCUCACACGCCGCCCUCUCCUACUCUGGCAACGCGCUGCUAGGCGAGGAGUAGAUGCAGAAAGCUGCCAUUUUUGUGCGCCGGCAACGCGCUACUGGGCGAGAGGGAGGCGCGCGCUGGCGCUAGAUCUGAGUGCGCCGGCGGCCCCGCUGGCUACCGCGGGGAGGCCUCCUCGUCGCCGUCCCUGCAGCCGCCGCCGCCGCAGCAGCAGCAGGGGCACGCUAUUCAGCCCGUGUGGCUGCGGCAGCCGAGUCUGCCUUGGGAUCUUGGUGCGGGCGCGCCUCCCAUCGGCUUCGGGCUUCGUGAUCUUGAGGAGAUGCGCAAGAUGGUGCUCGACGGGUUCAAGCACUGCGCGCACGGGAUCAUGGAGAACAGCCAGGGGCAUGCAGCCAGGAGUAGAUUCCUGUCAGUGUACAAGAGCUGCGACUCCGGCCUCCGUUCCAAAAGAUUGCCACCGAGAGAUGUUUGGUGCCACUGUUAACAACAAGUCGCAGCUCUUACUCAUAGCAACUGUUAACAGCAAGUGCUGAUCAUAGUAAAAGAUGAAAGAAACAUAAGCAGAGUAAGUACUCCAUUAUGAUGCAAAUUGUUGCUUGAUGCUUGGUGCUUGGUGCAAGAAAAAUUGCCAUGGGCUGUGAAUAUUAAGCAGGAAACAGGGGUCUCCUUUCCUCUUAAGCAGAGUAAGUACUCCAUUAUGAUGCAAAUUGUUGGAGUACUCCAUUUGGCAUUCUUUCUGUACAACAUAUCUUUCUAAAUUUUUGUAAAGGAAUCAAGACCUACAGUUUUACUCCAUUUGGCAUUCUUUCGGUAUACACACAUUUGGCAUUCUUCUACUCUUGUCAUAUUGGCAUAUUUAUAUACUCCAUUUUGGCAUUUUGGCAUUCUUCUGUAUACACACAUUAUGUAUACACACGUUCUGAAUUUUGGCAUUUGGGAGUAUUUAUAUACAGUUUUAAACUGAGUAUUUUGCACUGAAAAAUCUGCCAAAUUCAGUAGCAAGUCUGUACACUGUACAAUAAUUUGAACAAAUACUGAUGGAGUAUCACUUGAAUCAUUGGCGGCAAAUAUAUUGAAUUCUCUUGUCUUGAAUUAUUGACAGCAAAUACACCAUCAGUACAUCUAUUGAAUCAGUGGAGUACCUCUGAAUUGUGAUACUGAUGGAGUACUCUUGUCUUCAAAUUAUCAGUUCAAAUUUAGUGAUAUCUCUGAAUUAUACUCCAUCAGUACUGCCAAAUUCAGUUAACUUGUUCACAUUAUUUGUCGAAUUAUUGGCAGCAAACAUCUCUUGAAUCACAUCCAGGCAUCAGCCGAGCCCAAUAGCAGCUCGAGGAAGAGCCUCCACCUGGGCGUGCACGGUCCAGGAGGAGCUCCUGGACGUGGGAGAGGAGGAGCGACCUGGACCUGGGCGCGAUCGCCGAAGGUGGGGGCGCCUGGACCCUGGGCGCAAUCGCCGGAGGUGGGGGCGCCUGGACCUUGGCGCAAUCGCCGGAGGUGGGGGCGCCUGGACCUUGGCGCAGUCGCCGGAUGUGGGGGCGGGGGCGGGGGCAUGGGCAGGGCUGGAGGUCGAGGGCGAGGGCGGAGGUGGAGCUGGAGCUGGAGGUAGAACACGACGCAGGAUUCCAAUUCAAAUUGAGGGUAUUACUGUCCUUUUGCACAAUUUCACCUGGUCGGAACAAGGUCGCCAGCGACCUACAUUUCGGAACGGAGGGAGUAUAUAUUAAGGGCGUGUUCGGUAGCCCUCCACAGCCACCAACUCCUCAACUGAGUAAAUUGCACAGAAGAGUAAAUUGCACAGAAGUACCACAAUUGGGGCAUUGGAAGCAGAUUGGUACCAAGAUUGGUAAUUUUUACAUGUCAGUACCAAGAUUGGGGCGAGCCGUUGCAAAAAAGACUAAAAGUGUGUUUUAUACGUAUUGACAGAAAAGCUGACCGGUUGGGCCCGCCCGUCAGGCGACACGCUGGCCAGUGCGCGCGCGCCCGCGCGCUGACUGGGCGCUGACUGGGACGAGGCUGGCUCGCACCGUUUAGGGCGCGGCUGGUGCGGUCGAGCCACACCCCGACCCCGCUCUGCCCUCUUCCUUCUCCUCCUCGCCGGCGGCUGCCUUCCCGCCCGCCCCGCCGCCCGCCACACCACGCCACCGUAGUCAUGGAUCGAACUGCUUAGGCGCUGUCACCUCCACCGCGGCUGCUCGUCCCUCGCGCCCUCCUCUCCCCCGCGGCUGCUGUGCCCUAGGCGACGAUGGCCUCGGCUACUCCGGCAGGCGACGAUGGCCAGGGCGAUGCGAGCGGCGGCGACCUCCCCCGCUUAGACCUCGAUGGGAGUGGUUGCUACUCCAGCUCGGAGUACAGUAGCGAGGACGAAGAUUUUGCGGCGCCGGCGUUGUCGAUGGAGCAGAGGCUGAAGAUGACGCGAAUUUGGUUGGCCAACCCUAGCACCGCCCAUCAGUGGACUCAUGGCAUCGGUGGUGUUCUGUAAGUGUUCCAUUGUUCCAUCUUUGCAAACUGAAAUUGGGGAUUAGGGUUAGGGUUUACUGCCUGGUUUACUGUCUGCAUGUUUAGCACUCUAAUUGCUAGUUCCUAAGUAGAGCAGAGAAGUAUAUUGGAUUACAUGAGUCCUAACUAGAGCAGAGCAGAGCAGCAUUAGUGGAUUACAUUGUUAUUUCUUAGUCCAAAUUGUCAGAGCAGCAUUAGGUGUUACCUAGUUAGAGCAGAGCAGAGCAGAGAAGCAUAGUGGAUUAAAUCAUUCCUAACUAGAGCAGAGCACCAUUAGUUAACUUAAACAAAGCUUUGUUUAUAUGUUAACUUAAGCAAAGCUUUGUUUAUAUGUUAACUUAAAAAAUUCCUAACUAGAGCAGAGUCCAAAUUAUAUGUUAACUUAAACAAAGCUUUGUUUAUAUGUUAGCUUAUCUGUUAAGUAAAAUUGUUUAUUAACCAUUUUUUCUGUUAUUUCAUUUUGCAGUUUGUAUGAUGACAUUUUGGAUGUUAGGUUCUAUUUUGAUGCUUCAGAAAUGUUUGAGUUGAAGCUCUGCAGUUCAGAUGUAACAUACUUGAAUAUGAUUGCAGUGAUGGAAACCCAAGGAUUUAGUGAAUAUGAUCUGCUGUUUCACAUUGAGAAUCCACAAUUAGGGGAGAAAGGAUUGGAGAUGGUAGAGUGUAAUGCUGAGUUGCAAUUAGUAAAGAAGCAGGUUGAGGAGUCUAAGGUCUUAAAUUUGCUAGUGAGGGCAUGUCCACCUCCUUGCAGCCAGUUUGAGAGGCAAGAAUUAUCCACUGUUGUGUAUGAAGAGCCUGUGUUAUAUGAUCUCAGUGAGGCACCCAUCUAUGCUGUUAAUGAAGAAGGAGUUGCAUUUGAAAGUCAGAGUAGUAGCUACAGUGUAGCUCAUGGUACUGGUCUUUGCACACAAGAGAGCAAGAAUGUAAAAGGAAAAAUGAAAGCUGUUAUGGAAAUAGAAAAAGAAGAGGGAUAUGUUGGCAGUGGUGGUUCUGAUUGUGAAGGUGAAGAGGACAUUGAUGUACCACCUUUUUAUAUGGGUGAUGCUGAUGACAUAGAGAUGGCUGAGGGAAAGAAACAGAAAGAGUAUGAUGAAAUGGAAGAGGAAGAAACAGAUGAUGAAGAAUCUGAGGAGGAAGAAGUUGUGCAUUAUGAGGGUGAAACAGAGGUUGAGGAACCUUUUCAAAUGGAUGAAGAUGACAAAGUUGUUUCACAGGAUGUAGAAACUGUAAUUGUACAUGAAGAGAAGAAGAAGAAGAAACAGAAGCUUCCAGUUAGGAGAGGGCCUACAACAAGGUCACAUUCAAGUGUAGUAUCAGAGGAGGAACCUAAUUUCAAACCUUCAUCUGAUGAAGAAGAGAAAGGUUUUUUGAAGGAGGCUGAUGAUGAUGGUUUUGAGCCAUUGUCAUUUGUGCUGCCAAAGAAAAGGAAAAGCAGGGCAAAGCAGAGGCCUCCUAGAAAAUGGUACAAUGAGAAAAUGGAUGCACCACAUGAGCAAUUAUGUCUACACAUGUGUUUCUUGGAUCAACAUCAAUUCAGAGAGGCUUUGUUGAACCUACACAUCACUCAAGAAAGAAACUUCAGAUAUCAUAGGAACUCAGAUCAAAGAAUAAUUGUAGAAUGCAACCAAAAAAAUUGCAACUUCUUUAUGGUGGCAGCAGUUAUAAAAGGUGAAACUACUUUUGUAAUUAAGAAGAUGAGAAUUAAGCACACUUGCCCUACUAGUACAGAGACAACAAGGGUAAGUGCCAAGUGGCUUGCACAGAAGUAUGAGUCACUGUUCAGAUCUGAUCUAACAACUGGCAUUCAGACUUUGAUUGAUGCUUGCAUGGAGAAGUAUGGUGUGGAUGUGCCCAAGUCAAUGGCAUAUAGAGCAAAGAACAUAGCUAUUGAUGCUGUGCUAGGAGACCACAAGAAGUAAUACCCUAGGUUGAAAGACUAUGCUCAAACAGUGAUGGAUACAAACCCUGGGAGUAGAGUAGUAGUCACUACUGUAACUCCAACACCCACUAAAAAAAUCCCCCAUCCAGGUCCAAGAUUCCAUGCUAUGUUCUAUUGCAUCAAUGGAGCAAGGGAGGGGUUUCUCAAGGGGUGCAGACCAUUCAUUGAUUAGUUUGUUCACCUUGUGCAUUAGUUACAUAUUGUUUCAUCUUGAAAUGCAUUUGAAUGUUUUAAAUAUUGAAUUUGCUUGCUCAUUCAGGUGUUGAUGGGUGCUUCAUUAAGUUAACUACUGGUGCUCAACUACUUGCUGCCACUGGUAGAGAUGGCAACAACAAUAUAUACCCACUAGCAUUUGGUAUUGUUGGGCAAGAGGACACACCUAACUGGUGUUGGUUUCUACACCAACUUAAAAUCUGCCUAGGAGGAGAAGAGGGACAGUUUGGUCCAUAUACAAUAAUGUCAGAUAGACAAAAGGGCCUACUAAAUGCAGUGAAUGUUGUCUUUCCUAAGUGCAACCAAAGGUUCUGCCUUAGGCAUAUCUAUGCAAACUUCCAAAAUGCUGGGUUUAGGAGGGAAGAUCUGAAGAAGUGUAUGGAUAAUGCUGCCUAUGCAUAUAGUGAACACAAAUUUAACAUUGCAAUGAAUGACCUUAGAGCUGAAUGUCAGGAAGCUUGGGAGUGGCUUUGUCAAAUACCCAAGAAAACAUGGGCAAGGCAUGCAUUUGACACAAACUGCAAGACUGACCUUGUAGUUAACAAUUUGUCUGAGGUGUUCAACAAGUAUGUCCUAGAUGUUAGGAAGAAACCAAUUAGGACAAUGUGUGAUGGAAUAAAGGAUAAACAGAUGAUGAGGUGGCAUAGGAAUAGGGAGAGUGCAAAGACAGCUAGAUGGGACAUAACACCCCAUUAUAGUGAGAAGCUAGAGGUUGAGAAGGAGAGGGCCAAAUAUUGCAAACCAAUUCAAGCUGGUGUGAACUUGUGGCAGGUUACAAGUGGGCAGCAAACCCAUGCUGUUGACUUGCAAGUGCACACAUGUGGGUGCAGAAAAUGGGACCUCAGUGGCAUCCCAUGUAACCAUGCCAUCUCAGCAAUCAACAAGGGCAAAAGAAAACCAGAGGAUUAUGUCAGCAAGUUCUUCAAGAAAGAAUUUUAUGUGGCAGCUUAUGAACCAAUGAUCUAUCCAGUUCCUGGUGAGCAUGACUGGACAAAGACCCCUGGUCCAGACAUUGACCCACCUGCAUUUAAAGUGAAGAGAGGAAGAAAGAAAGAGAAGAGGAUCAAGGGGAAAUUUGAAGUUCCAAAGCCUAAAGACACAUCAAGAAUGGGGACUAUAACAUAUGGCAAUUGUGGACUGCAAGGACAUAGGUACACAAGCUGCCUCAAGCAGUUGAAGCCUGAGCUGGCUUUGAGGAAGAACAAACAUGUGCCUCUUGCAAGGAAUUCCAAUGGUGGUGGUGCUGCUAUUACACCAGCAACAACAACCUCUCAUGCAGCUCCUACAACAACACCAACAGCUGGGAGAGGAGCUGGGAGAGGAGCUGGAAGAGGUGCUGCAGCAGCUCAAGCUGCUGGAAGAGGUGCUGGGAGAGGUGCUGCACCAGGUGCUGCAAGAGGUGUUGGGAGAGGGAGAGGUGCAUUCUCUGCCCCAAGACAAUCUGGUCCCUCCACAUCUACUGCUCCCUCCACAUCUGUUGCUGGGAGAGGUGCUGGUGGUAGACAUACUGGAUGGGGGGGGUACUUCUAUGCAAGUGGUAACUAGAUACUUCAUGUGGUGGUGUACAAUGUCAUCUUUGCUUUGGUGGUGUACUUAAGAAUCAAUGCCAUAUAUGGGUUUUGUUGAUGUGGAUGCAACUUAUGAGUGAAUGCCUGGAAUGGACUAUCUUGA